GUAACUUCCAUGCGCGGGGAAUUUCUAUUACUUUCUCAACCAUCCACCAUCCAAAUUCGACCUCACCAACCCAAAAAUGGCAACCGAUAUUAGGGAUACAAAGUUAAUUAAAGAAUUAGCUGCAAACGGUACGUGAGAAUUAAACAAUCCAUUCCGAGCAGCUCUCUAAUUCUCUCCCCUCAUUCUAACCUCCCCAUCCCUCCUCUCAGACAAAAAAACCCGCGACGCAGCCCUCGAAUCCCUCCGCACAUAUCUAUCCUCCUCGCGACCACUCACACCCCUCGAUUACCUAAAAAUCCACUCUGGACUCUUCUACUCCAUGUGGAUGUGCGACCGACCACUCCCACAACAAUCACUUGCGAAUUCACUCGCCUCACUCCUGGGCACUCUUCCCGCCUCCAAACAAGCAUCUUUCUACACGGGUUUCUGGAACAUCAUGUGUAAAGAAUGGGAACGGAUAGAUGUGUUACGGAUGGAGAAAUUUUUGCUCCUAGUGCGUCGGUAUCUAGCGGCUGGGUUUGAGGUGAUUAUUUCGAGCGCUGAGGGUAGCGGAAAGAAGAAGGGAGGGUCAAAGAAAAGUGGGAAAGGGGAUGAUGGGAUGGGUGGAGCAGGGGAGGAGGUUUUGGGUGUUCUUGCUGAGAUUCCUUGUGGGACGGGUCCGGAUGCGCAGCGUACGCCGAAUGGGAUGCGUUUUCAUGUGAUUGAUAUUUGGGUUGAUGAGUUGGAGAAACUUGGAGUUCUUGAUGCGGCGAAGGAGAGUGAGGAGGGUGCGGAGAGAUUAGAAAGGUUGUUGGAGCCGUUGAGGAAAUUGGGAAAGGAGAGUAUCAAUAAGGUGGUGAGGAAUAAGGUUAAGGAGGCGCUUGGGGAUGAGAGGUUACCGGGGAAUGGAAAGGGCGGUGCGGAAGAGGACGCUGAGAUGAGUGAUGCGAGUGAUGGGGUGGAGGAUGGAUGGGGUGGGAUUGAGGAUUGAGAGUCGAAAAUUGAGAAUUGAGAAAUAAUUUACAAGGGACUGAAUUGUCCAAGAAGAUACAUUUUAGUUUUACAGAGGAUGGAUCUAUGAAAGAAAUUUCACGGCGUCUAGGUGUUAUUUGAGGAAGGAAAUUCAAUAUCCAAUGUAAAAAGUCAUUCCACGUUCAAUUUCUCAUAGCAGAA